UCAUUUACUAGUUAAAUUUAUCGUUGCAGGAUAUGCUUGCGGCUUCAAUGGACACUGCAGCAUCAACCGUCGAGUGGAUACUUUCCGAACUCCUAAAGAAUCCACAAGUAAUGAAAAAAGUCCAGAAAGAGUUGGAAGAAGUAGUCAGCUUGGACAGGAUGGUGGAGGAGUCGGAUUUGGAGAGUCUAGAAUAUCUAGACAUGGUCGUGAAGGAAACUUUUAGGCUCCAUCCCGUGGCACCAUUACUAAUUCCUCAUUAUUCGCUGGAAGAUUGCACUGUUGAUGGCUACCAUAUACCAAAAGAUGCUCGAAUAAUUGUUAAUACGUUUGCACUUGGACGCGAUCCAAAUGCAUGGACUGAUCCUGAGAAGUUCAAUCCGGAGAGGUUUGUUGGGAGUAGUAUAGACCUCAGGGGACAACAUUUCCAGCUUCUGCCGUUCGGCUCUGGAAGGAGAGGGUGCCCGGGAAUGCAACUGGGGCUCAUCAUGGUUCGAUUUAUCGUGGCGCAACUGGUGCAUUGCUUUGAUUGGAAGCUGCCAAAUAACAUGUUACCUUCUGAGUUGGACAUGACUGAGGAAUUCGGCGUCGUAGUCGCCAGGGCAGAGCAUUUGAUGGCUGUUCCCACUUAUCGUUUGCAAAAAUAUUCAACCUGAAAAGAAUUCCGGGAAUUUAAUCGUUAUUUUACGAAUCUUCGUUUUCAGAACCUUUUUUUAAUUCAGUAAAACUGGUAGACAUGCAGCCUAAAGAUUACAUUAUUCAUCUGAUACCAAUAAAAUCUGCCUUAAACUAUGACCAGUAUGUGCAAUUUCUUUGUGUAUUUGAACAAGAAGAUGGGAGUCAUCUUCGCUGCAAAUCCCUGUAAGCCUUCAUUAUAAGUCUGAUAAAUUUGUGAACCGGUCUUCAAUUGA